AUGUCCGGCAGAGGCAAGGGCGGUAAGGGGCUCGGCAAGGGCGGCGCCAAGCGGCACCGCAAGGUGCUCCGCGAUAAUAUCCAGGGCAUCACCAAGCCGGCCAUCCGCCGCCUGGCUCGGCGCGGCGGCGUCAAGCGCAUCUCGGGGCUGAUCUACGAGGAGACGCGCGGCGUGCUGAAGGUGUUCCUGGAGAACGUGAUCCGCGACGCCGUCACCUACACGGAGCACGCCAAGAGGAAGACGGUGACCGCCAUGGACGUGGUGUAUGCCCUCAAGCGCCAGGGCCGCACUCUGUACGGCUUCGGCGUCUUCUUGGGCAGCAGCACGGCCUGGAUGUUGGGCAGCACGCCGCCCUGCGCGAUGGUCACCUUGCCCAACAGCUUGUUGAGCUCCUCGUCGUUGCGGAUGGCGAGCUGCAGGUGGCGGGGGAUGAUGCGCGUCUUCUUGUUGUCGCGGGCCGCGUUGCCCGCCAGCUCCAGGAUCUCGGCCGUCAGGUACUCCAGCACGGCCGCCAGCAGCCGGUGCACGCGGCCCACGGGGAACUGCAGCCCGGCCCGCGACGAGCGCGACUUGGCCUUGGCGCGCGCCUUCCCGCCCUGCUUCCCGCGCCCGGACAUCUCGCCUCGCUCGCUCGCUCGUUCGCUGCAAGCCGAGGCGCCCAGCGGGGCACGCGCGGCCCAAUGGCGCAGCGAAUCUCACGCUGACCAAUCGCGAGGGGCGCAGCGCCGAGAGGCUCCGCACGCGCUCUCCCCGCGGCCAAUCACGGGCAGCGACAGCCGCGCCUCGGCUCCCGGCCCCGCCCACCAGGAGCGGUCGCUCUCCCCACCGCCGCACCCGCCGCUGCUGCUGCUGCCUGGACCGGCGGGACCGCGCUGCCCCAGGCCGCCAGGCUCCACACUGCGGAUCGCCACGGCUGAGCCGAGGAAACAGAGGAAGAAACAGCCGGGAGUUGUUAGAGCGAUGGCGCGCACGAAGCAGACAGCGCGUAAGUCGACGGGCGGGAAGGCGCCCCGCAAGCAGCUGGCCACCAAGGCUGCCCGCAAGAGCGCGCCGGCCACGGGCGGCGUCAAGAAGCCGCACCGCUACCGGCCCGGCACGGUGGCGCUGCGUGAGAUCCGGCGCUACCAGAAGUCGACGGAGCUGCUGAUCCGCAAGCUGCCCUUCCAGCGCCUGGUGCGCGAGAUCGCGCAGGACUUCAAGACGGACCUGCGCUUCCAGAGCUCGGCCGUCAUGGCGCUGCAGGAGGCCAGCGAGGCCUACCUGGUGGGGCUCUUCGAGGACACCAACCUCAGCAGCGGCUCUAGCAUGUCUGGCAGGGGCAAGGGCGGUAAGGGGCUCGGCAAGGGCGGCGCUAAGCGGCACCGCAAGGUGCUCCGCGAUAACAUCCAGGGUAUCACCAAGCCGGCUAUCCGCCGCCUGGCUCGGCGCGGCGGCGUCAAGCGCAUCUCGGGGCUGAUCUACGAGGAGACGCGCGGCGUGUUGAAGGUGUUCCUGGAGAACGUGAUCCGCGACGCCGUCACCUACACGGAGCACGCCAAGAGGAAGACGGUGACCGCCAUGGACGUGGUGUAUGCCCUCAAGCGCCAGGGCCGCACUCUGUAUGGCUUCGGCGGCUAAAGCCUUGUGCUCGUACCGGACCAUCUGGACAAGAACCCAAAGGCUCUUUUAAGAGCCACCCACUUACUCUGUUAAAAGAGCUGUAUUACAGUUUUGCGAACAUCAGGAUGGGGACAAAUAACGCUGCUAAGUCUUUAUGAGUGCUUCACAAUGUAGAACUUUGCUGAAUACAGGAAAUUCAUGUUUGCUGUAGGGGAUUUCCUUUCUGUUCCAAUUCUCUCAAAAUUAUCAUUUCAGCUGUUCUGUAAUAAAAAUAAAGCUUUUUUUUUUCAAUGUUAGCUGGUUUAAGCACUGAAGUUAAGUGCUAUUCUAUGUCUUGAUUUUUAAAUUUUGCUUCUAACUGGAUAUAGAGAAACUUGAACAGAUUUUUAUUUCAGUUUACCCCCUUCAUUUGCUGGUCCAGGAUUUAUUUGCUUUCAAAAUAAAAGAGUAAAUCUAA